AGCUCCCGCCGCUCUCUAAUUGGUCGAGCCGUCAGCCUUGCCUCCUAUUGGCUAGAACCUCAUUGCGGUGGAUUGUGGUCUAUGGAGUUCACUGUCGUAAUAGCUGAAUCGAAAACGGUCUUCCCGCAAACAUUUACAUCUUAUAACUCACCUGGCGUGACGUCAUAAUGCAAAGAGUUUACUCGCGAAGUCUUCUUCUGUUGCUGCCGGUUUUACCGACCACUUCCGCGUUACCAUAGCAACGAGUCAACCUGCAGGUCGGAGCGGUUUAGCAGAGGGGCUAGCUGCUUCAAAUGUUCGGUUUAGGGGACAGGUCCAGCAUGACGUCCCGUGCAGCCCCUUCAGGUAAAGCAGCUGUGAAGGUGAAGAGGAGGAGUGGGAGUGUGGGGCGGAAGCAGACAGCAGACAUUGAGGAAUUGACAUCUUCUGGGCACAAAGCGCUGCAGGAGGGACGCCCACAGGAGGCGCUGCGGCACUUCAGAGAUGCCCUGAAGGCUGCAGAGCAGCUCCAGGACUCGCGGGUCCUGCGGGCCUGUUCCUUUAACCUCGGGGCUGCCUAUGUGGAGGUAGGACGACCUCGGAAAGGUCUGGACUUCCUGCGGCAUGCUCAGCCUGGUCCCAAGGCCGACCGCCUCCCUGACCUCCAGUUCAACCUCGCCCUGGCCCAUGAUGCACUGGGGCAGAGCCGGGAAGCCGCCACCUACUUCCUGCAAGCUGCCCAGCUGUAUAGGUCACAAGGAGACGGCUGCAGUGAGGGGGACGCCUGCAUGGAGAUGAGCCGCUGUUACAGCAGGACACGGGACUGGGCGCUGGCGGCUCAGGGUUACUUGCGAGCUGCAGAGGGUUACAGAGUGGCCAACAUGUUGGACCUUGCAGCCACCGCCCUGUCAGAAGCAGGAAGUCACAUGACCCAAUCAGAUCAGUGCAACCAGGAGGACAUCAUCGGUGUGCUGUCAGAGUGUCUGAGUUUGAUGGGGAGCAUUACGGACCCGAGGACUCUGGGUAAUCACCUGAAAGAAGGUUGCUUGAUUCAGAAUAGAACAGAAUAGAACAGAAUAGAACAGGCCUUUAGUGUCACUGUGCAAUCGAGCUGUGGUUGGCCCCCCCUGCUGCCCAAAGUCUUGCACAACCUGGGAGCGGCGCUGAACUCCAUGGGCCAGUUCAGGUCCGCCGUGGACUACCACAGGCUGGCCGCUGGACUGUACGGCUCUCAGGGUUGCCGUGGCGACCAGGCUCGGUGUUUCAGUAACCUUGCGUUUGCCUUCAGUCGGAUCGGCGAGGAAGAGGAAGCAGCAGAGAGCUUAAUCCUCGCCCUACAGGGAUUCAGAGACACAGGGGACUACCUGGCACAGGCUCAGGUGUGCGAGGUGCUGGCUGAGUGUUACCUGGUGCAGAGGAAGCAACACAAAGCGGUUCAGCUCUACAAACAGGCUCUGAGUGCGCUCUCUCACUGCCAGGACAGCGGCGGCAUCCAGGACCAACUGGUGGAGCGACUGACUGCCACGCUGCAGCAGAGUCUGACCGUCAGUCCUCAGGUCUUACCACAACACCCAUUCACUAAACCCAUCAGUGCUUAUAAAGCCCAAUAA